AGAUUGCCAGAAGUAAGAAGUUUGGAGUGUGUUGAGACAGAUAAUUAUUUGGGCAGACGAGAAACCUUCCACCGAAUCCAAAAAUGACGGUGAACGUGAACAGUGAACGGUUCGCCAAAGAAUCGGUAGAAUUUAACAAAAAUAAGGCUACAGAUAUAGGCACCGAUUACAAUUUCAAAAGGGCCAUAGUGUGGCCAAACGCUAUAGGAUUUUUGGUAUUGCAUGCACUAGGAUUUUACGGAAUAUAUUUGUGUUUCAAAUGUAAUCUACUUACAGUGGCUUGGACAUUUUUCAUGGCAUUUGCUUCAGGAGAAGGUAUCACAAUUGGUGCACACAGAUUAUACUCACACAAAUCGUUCAAGGCCACUUUUACUCUCAGAUUGAUUCUGAAUAUCCUCCAAACUGUAGCGGGACAGAAUUGCAUGUACAUUUGGGUGAGGGACCACAGACAGCACCACAAAUACAGCGAUACCGAUGGAGAUCCUCACAACGCGAGCAGAGGCUUCUUCUUCUCGCACAUGGGUUGGUUGAUGAGCAAAAAACAUCCCAUGGUUAUCAAAAAAGGGAAGUGCAUCGACAUGUCGGAUUUGGAAGCUGACUCGAUAGUUAUGUUCCAAAAAAAAUACUAUAAGCUACUUUACAUGGUGUUCGCUAUUGCGAUUCCAGUUGCUGUUCCAAUUUAUUUCUGGAAUGAGACCUUCGUCAAUUCGUUUAUCGUAGCUUAUAUUCUCAGAUAUACGCUGCUUUUGAAUAUUACAUGGCUAGUUAACAGUGCAGCACACCUAUACGGAACUAAACCCUUCGACAAGUUCAUACUACCGGUCGAAUCGAAAUUCGUCGCUUUCGUCUCGAUCGGCGAGGGGUGGCACAACUACCACCACACCUUCCCCUGGGACUACAGGGCGGCCGAGUUCGGCUCCAGAUACGGGGUGACCACGAUGGUGAUCGACGCCUGCUUCUACUUGGGAUUGGCGUACGAUUUGCGAACGACCCCCUACGAGAUGAUCGAGAAGAGGACGCAGAGAACGGGAGACGGGUCAAGACAACUUUUCGGGCACGAAAGGAAGAAGGUGGAAGGUGAAAUACAACAAUCGCAAGAGAACGGCAGUUGCGACAUGAAGAAAAGACGAAGCGCCAAAACCGACUUAGAUUAUGAAAAAGUGCCUGCUCUUACAACUGCAAGAGGAUAACAGUCUGGAAGAAAGAAUGUAUCACUAAUUAUCUAAUGAAUUUUCGUCCGCUACUUCAAUCGAAACAGAAAUUGACUAAAAUACUGGAGAUGUGAUGAACCUUAUAUAUGACACUAAUAAAUAGUAGUGGUAUUCCUGAUCCCCUGUAUUUCUCGUCGCAUAAUUACAAAACAACAUUGAAAUACAAAGAGAAAUACGAAAAACUGGAAUACCUCUAGUAUUUUGUUUUCAAUUUAUUGAUGAACGUGUACCAUUAAUAUUAUCAUCUAUAAGGAUACUCAUAUCAUCAAUAUUCGAAUCAAUACCUAACUACUUAUAAAUUUUGGUAAAACUACGAUGGAUCUUGUUUUUAUUUAUUUAAUGUUAUAACCAGUGUAUUUUUCCAAAACUACUAUUAUCGGCACUGAUUAUUUGUAUCAUAGUUUGUAUUAUGUUAGGCUUUCAGGAUAUAAAAUUGUGAUAUCUUUAAUACUUUACUUACUUUAUACAUAGUGUGUUAUAUAGAAUGAAGCAAUAAUUAUUAUUAAUGUUGGAAUUAUAAUAAUAGUAAAUAAUAAUGGAUAUGAAUUU